AUGAGGCUAUUCGCUACCGGUCGAGCCCUGCGUGCGAGCAGUGGCCGUUGGUCAAUUGCCUCAAUCCGGCCCCAAAUCGCCAUUCCGCGCUCCCUCCCACUGACUCCCAUUCUCUCCCGCAACCGCGAAUGGAGCUCAACCACAGCUCGCCGGAGUGAACAGAAAGCAACCACUACCUCCAAAACACCCCAGCAACAAUCGAGCCUCAAACUCGAAGGGCAGACCUACUCAACCGACCAGUGGACCAACACCCCCGAUACAAUCCUGUCUCAUAUCGGCCGACGACUUUACCUCGACGACAACCACCCUCUCGCCAUUACACGCAAACUCAUCGAAAGCCAAUUCGCAAGCCCAAGCUAUGGCAACUACUCAGAGAAGAACCCCGUCGUCUCAACAAGACAAAACUUCGACGUCCUCGGCUUCCCCGCGGACCACCCGGGCCGCAGCCGCACAGAUACCUACUACGUGAACGACAAGACAGUGCUGCGCACCCACACGAGCGCCCACCAGCAGGCGUAUUUCCAGCAAAUCGCCCGCAACGAACACACCCGCCCCGAGGAGGUCGGAUACACCGUGAUCGCCGACGUGUACCGUCGCGACGCGAUCGACCGCAGCCACUACCCCGUCUUCCACCAGAUGGAGGGCGCGAUGCUGUGGAAGCGACCUGCGAACCCACUCUCCGCCUCGUCCGAGACAGCAGCGAGGAUCAUGGCUGAUGUGGAGAAGAUCCCGCGCCACGACGUCGUAGUCGAGGAUCCGAACCCGACUAUCCACGCGCAGCGGAACCCGCUGCAGGACGAGCACCACAGCGCCGAGGAGGUCGAGGCUGUGAGCGCGCACCUCAAGCGUUCCCUCGAGCGGAUGGUGAUCAAGAUCUUCACGGAAGCCAGCAAGGCCGCUGCGGCGAGUAGCGGCGGCGCGGAGCAGGAGCCGCUCAAGGUGCGCUGGGUCGAGGCUUACUUCCCGUUCACCAGCCCGUCCUGGGAGCUGGAGGUGUUCUGGCAAGAUGAGUGGCUGGAGAUUCUGGGGUGUGGUGUUAUCAAGCAGGAUCUGUUGAUCAACUCUGACGUGCCGGACCGGAUUGGGUGGGCGUUUGGACUGGGUAUUGAGCGGAUUGCUAUGCUUCUUUUCAAUAUUCCUGAUAUCCGGCUGUUCUGGUCGCGGGAUGAGCGGUUCUUGUCGCAGUUCCGGGCUGGCCAUAUUGCUCGCUUCGAGCCUUUCUCUAAGCACCCGGCUUGCUAUAAGGAUGUUGCUUUCUGGUUGCCUCCUGCGGCUGUGACGGGUGGUAGCAGUGCUGCUGGUGGGGGUGUGCCUUUCCAUGAGAAUGAUAUUAUGGAGAUUGUUCGUGGGAUUGGUGGGGAUCUUGUUGAGGAUGUUACUCUCAUUGAUGAGUUUACGCAUCCCAAGACUUCGCGCAAGAGCAUGUGCUACCGCAUUAACUACCGGAGCUUGGAGCGGACUUUGACGAAUGAGGAGAGCAAUGAGAUGCACCUAAAGGUCCGGGAGAAGCUAGUUGAAGAGCUUGGAGUUGAGCUGAGGUGA